GGUUGAGAGAGGAGUGGAGGGGAAGGAUUGAUGUGAUUGGUCCAGAAGGAGGGUGGCUGUACAGUCAUAUUCUUCUGAAAGCAUGGCUCAAUGAAUGAACACUCUUCAUUUCAGGUAGCCAGCCAACACAACAUUGAGUUCUCCUCCACAGCUGACUGAAACUGACAGUUGAACAUUGGCUGGUUGACUGAGGUAUUAUCCAUCCAUCUUCCACUAAUCCAUUGUUUUCCUUGCAGAUCACGUUUACAGAUACACAGACAGAGAAACUGCCAAGGUAACUGUGUCUCAGAUAGAUGGCUGACAAGCAGAUCAGUUUACCUGCCAAAUUGAUCAACGGGGGAAUUGCUGGACUGAUUGGUGUGACAUGUGUAUUUCCUAUUGACCUAGCCAAGACCCGUCUCCAGAACCAGCAAAAUGGUUCCCGUCUCUAUACCAGCAUGUCAGAUUGCCUUAUCAAGACCAUCCAAUCAGAGGGGUACUUUGGCAUGUACAGAGGUGCUGCUGUGAACCUGACUCUGGUCACUCCAGAGAAGGCCAUCAAACUAGCUGCCAAUGACUUCUUUAGACAGCACCUGUCCAAGGAUGGUCAGAAGCUUAGCCUGCUGAGGGAGAUGCUGGCGGGUUGUGGUGCUGGUACAUGUCAGGUCAUCAUCACCACUCCCAUGGAGAUGCUAAAGAUUCAGUUACAGGAUGCAGGGCGGAUAGAGGCUCAGAGGAAGCUGAUGUCCCAGGCUGCAGUUAGGGCCCCUGGGGGCCCAGUGGAGUUGAGGUCCCAUACAGCAAUGCAGCUCACCCGGGAGCUGCUGAGGAGCCAGGGCAUUGCAGGGCUCUACAAGGGCCUGGGGGCCACACUCCUGAGGGACGUGCCAUUCUCCAUAAUCUACUUCCCCCUGUUUGCCAAUCUGAACAGUCUUGGUGGCCGUGGGGCUGAUGGCCCCGCUCCCUUUUAUGUGUCCUUUGCAUCAGGCUGCAUCGCUGGCAGUACAGCUGCUGUGGCAGUUAAUCCUGUGGAUGUGAUUAAGACCAGAAUUCAGACCAUGACACGGGGAAGUCAGGAGGACACCUACAACGGAGUGACAGAAUGCAUCAGGAAGAUUCUGCGCCAAGAGGGUCCCUCUGCUUUCCUGAAGGGGGCGUACUGCCGUGCUCUGGUCAUUGCUCCCCUCUUUGGCAUCGCACAGGUGGUCUACUUCCUGGGAGUGGGAGAGUUCCUUCUCAGCUUCCUGCCUCAACAGAACAACUAGUCUUGCACUCUCACACACAGCCCACAUUGGAGCCAGGUAAUCUGUCACUUUCCUUUCAGACACAGCCCACAUUAGCCUAAGCCCUAAGGAGUUAGUCAGAGAGAGACAGAACGGUGUGUGUGUUCUAGACCAAAGUUUGUUCUCUGCACCUGUUGAGGGUGUUCUGAUAGGUCAUCAUUUAUUAUAUCCCCUACCUGAGAUUAAUUACAGUAAAUAUUUACAUUUAGGUCUGAUUUAUAACUAUAUGAUAAUAAUUCAAUAUCAAUUCAAGUGUACUUUUAGUUGUGCUUUAUCAAGGUUUAGUAAUGGAAUUAUCUUUAUUGUUUUUACUAAGAUGAUGCAAUCAUGAUAUAUAAAUCUGUCAAACAUGACUGUACUGUAAUAUCUUCUGUCUGUAUUGAUGCUAUUUUCUGUUGUGGUUGUUUUGCACAGCUUCUGUACCUCUUUCCAAAUGGUGUUUCCCUCUUCAUCCAUAAAGAAGCUUUAGAAUUGCAUUCUUCUUCCAAGAAUGCAUUGAGUAUUUCAUCACAGUGAUACUAAGAUCUGAUCUGAGGUGUAUUCACUAUUCAGGAUUAACAAAGAUAACAUUAGAUGUUGGCAGAUGUUGGAAACGAUGUACUCAAGCUGUGGGCCUUGAAAGAGUCAACAUUGCCUGCAGAAAACGUCACUGGUUGGUGACAUUGGUGACUACACACCAAACACAAUUAGUUCCCCAGCCACCAUGUUGGCACCAUUUUGUAACUAGAUGUCAGUUCAGGGACCUGCCUGAAUUUGUCUGAUAGAAACUCUCACUUUCGUGGGCAAAAUGUUUUCUGUUUGAAGUAAACGGUUUCUGUUAGAAAACAUUUUGCAACAGACAAAACAUUUUGCAACAGAAUCUGCGUAAUGAAUACACCCCACGGUUCUGAGAGUGGCAAUUCACUCACAGCACUCAGCCAGAGUCAAGUCAUCAAAUCAAAAAGAUAAAAACUCACCCUUGACAUUUGUGCAAGCCCAUCGCCAUUAUCAUUACUGAAAGGUACAUUUGUAGACCCUGUAUGACCCUGUAUUAUAGUAACCUAGAUUCUAUAUUGUGCUGGUUCUUCCCUGGACCAUUAUUCCCUCUUUUCAGGAGGACAAAUGCACGUCCAAGCACUUUUAUGUCACCACCCCUCUUCCCUCCCCUGUAGAUAUGGUGGGUGUUGGGUUAUCAGUUUGGAGUUGUGAAUAUGGAUGUGCACUGAAGGUGUAAAACAGGCUGACAGCUAUUGUAUUAUUCAUUUGAGGUAAAAUAAGAACAGAAAAAAUGUAUUCCUCUCGUAUAUAUUGCUGUCUGAAAAAAAUGAAUGGGAUUGUGCUA